CGCCUCUGUGAUGAAUUCAACCGGGAAACAGCUCCCGCGAAACGCAGUCCCCGACGGGCAGCGCCUUCCGGAGCCCCUCCUCGUCCGUGGAGACGGUCCAGCAGAGGACGCCGGUCCGGUCCGCGUGGCUCUUGAAGGGGAUCAUCUCGUCCCACAUGAUCUCCGCCGGAUUUUUCACUGGCAGGUGGAUGAGCGUCUCGCAGUUCUCGAGCUCGACGACGUGCGCGAACGACGCCCAGUCGGAGACCUGGCCGAAGCUGACCCGGCCGGCGCAGCAGCAGCCGGGCAGCCGCCGCGUCGUCGUCGCGUAGGGCGUCGUCGCGUACAUGGCGCGCACGGCCGCGGGGCUCUCGAAGACGCCCUCGUCGAGGACGAGGGCCGUCGCGUAGUUGCCCGCGAGGUCCUCCGUGAUGCCCUCGAGCCGCCCGCGGCAGUCGAGGCCCAUCACGCCGAUCGUCGUCCGGCAGGCCGUGAAGAAGCCGCUCGUCAGGAUGUCGUUCGUGCUCACGAAGCCCGCGUCCGCGCGCCGCCCCUCGACCUCGAGCGCGACGUCGCUGAUCGGCCCCGCCUGGGCGCGCUUCGCCGCGGCGACGCGGUCCGGGUCCAGGAAAAACGCGUGGCACCGCGCCCGCCGGCCGCAGCCCAUCAUCAGUGGGAGGUAGUGGCACAUGGCGCUCGGCGAGUCGACCCACGCCAGCGCCUCGCGGUUGCACCGCUCGCGCAUGGCCUCGCCGAAGGCGUGGACGCGCGCGACGCGCAGCGUCCGCACCUCGGCGCCGGGCUGGAGCAUGCGGAGCACGUCGUAGUACGUCCGGCCGUCGCCGACGGCGUGCGCGAGCGAGAAGACGAGCGCGAAGACGCCCUCCUCCUCGGACUCGGCGACGGUCAGCUUGCAGACGGGCGCCUCGUCGUCGAGCAGGUUGCGCCCCUGCUCGACGACGACGCGGUUCGACUUGUACAGGGCCCGCGCGACGGCGGCGUAGCCGCUGCGCGGCGCCGGCACGACGUAGCGGUGGUCGAAGAGCGGCGAGAUGUGGUCCUCCGUCGCCUCCUUCGGGAAGCGCAGCGUGAUGCCCGCGCUCUGGGAGCUGAAGAACGUGCCGACCUUCUCCUUCUCUAUGAGCCGCCCCGCGAGCCAGGGGUUCUUCGACACUACCUUAAAAAGCUGCGUCCGCAGCGCCAUGCGCAGCGCGAGCUGCGACACGGCGCCGCGGUAGAAGGUCACGGUCGUGAUGCUCGGCUCGUGCAGGAGGCCGCCGGCCUCGUCCGCGAGCAGGCGCAGCUCCAGGUGGCCCAGCUUCGUCGGGCUGAUCUUCGCGUGGUGCUGCACGAGGUCGUGGAUCGCCUUGACCAUGGCGGCGGCGCCGCGGCGGCCGCGUCCCCGCAGGCCGCCCUCUACGCGCUUCCUAGGCCGCCCCCUCCGGGGCUGGGAUGGGAGCCAGACCGGGCAGCCUGGUCACACCCCGCGUCGCGCGUCUUGCCGGCGAGCGCUGGCGUCCUCCGAACGCACGGUACGGCGUAUCCGCGACGAGACGCACGCACGCCGCUCGCUGCCGCCCGGCCGCCCGGCGUCGACGAGCUCGUAUUUUGC